AUGAAGAAAACCCACCAGAAAUCUGAUGGAACAUAUGUUGAUGAAAGAGCACGCUUAGUUGCAGAAAAAUAUGAUGAAUAUGUACAAGAAAAAUUGUCACUUGUUGAGCCUUCUAAUGGAGAGAUUUUGACAGAUCCUCUUACUAUAGAGGAAAGAAAUGAAAUCUAUGUGAAGGUUGUGAAUUUUGGACUUGGAUCACUUCAAAGUGGAGUUUAUAUGCCACUAGAUGGUUCUGCAGUUUCCCCACAAGCUGUUGAAGAUGAUGGUCAGUAA